UGAUGCGUGGAUAUAUAAAAAUUGAAUUAUUCUCAUAAAAAGAUCGUGUGAUUUUUAUUUUUAUUUUAGCUAUAUAUUAUAUGUUAACACAAUAAGAUUAAUUAAAGAAUGAACAAUGUAAUUAUAUAGGGGUAUAAAUGUAUGAAGCAAAGACGACCAAAAAAUUUACAUUCCUCUACAAUCGAUAAAUGGUUCCAAUCUACAUUUCUUCUAAUUGGUAUUAAUAAUACUUCACUUCAAAUUGUUGAUGAAAUAUCAACAAUGAAUAACUUAUGUAUAUAUAUACAUAUAUAUAUAUAUAUAUAUAUAUAUAUAUAUAUAUAUAUAUAUAUGAGCCGUUUUUUUUAAACGGUACAUAUACGAUCUUUAUGCCGAAAUAUUUAAUGUUUUGUAUGUUAAAAUAUUUAAAAUAUUGUUAAAUGUGCUAAUAAGCUAGUUUUAUGCUUUUAAUAUUCCAAAUAUGCUUUAUUUUAUUAUGUGUGACCGUUUUUAUAAAUAUUCUCAAAAUACAACUGUUUUUGUUAAUUGCUAAUGAAGACACACUAUUCUCAAAAAAAGGGAAAAUCGUGCAUAUCAAAUUUAAAUUUAUAUUAUAAUUAAGAAAUACUUUUUUGAAACUUUAUUCUAAAAUAAAUAAUGACAAUUAUAGAAUAAAGAUGUAAUGAAUAUAAAAAUUUAUUCAUUUGAUAAAUAUUUUUGAGAAUACUAUUAUAAUAAGUUUAAUGAAAAAACAACUUUGAAGAAAUGAGAAGGAUAAUAUUAAUGACUUUUAUUCAUCAAAAAGAUUUAUUCAUCUUUUAGUCUUCAUUUGGAUUCGUAUAAAGUGUCCUAAAAUUUUCAUGGUGAAUAGAAAGUAUAUAAGGUAACAAACUCAACAUAUCAUUAUAUCUACUGCUAUGAAUUGGUAUAUAACAGCAAUAAUGUUAUUUUGCUGAAAUUUUUAGAUAUUCCACAUGUCAUUAUAAUAUGUUCUUGAGCUGUAACAUUCUAAAUGUUUUUAUAAAAUACAUCGUAUUUUUCAAUUAGGCCUGAAUCGAAGUCACAAGCUCUUGUAUGUUCCGCAAACAUAAUGAAUGCAUUUACAAUGGUAUAGAUUUAUAUCAGAUUCAAAAAGAAAUUCAUGCAAUUCCAUUUUUGAAUUUAUGAAAAUAUUGUACUAUAUUGACUUUGUUAUAAAUAUAAAAAAAAAAUUUAUCUCGCCAUCUGUUACUAAAAUUAACUUCAACUCAUUUUUUCAGUUGGACUUACACGAUUUAAAGAAAAACGGCUCAUACAUAUAUAUUUUAAUUGUAUUGUACAUAAAUUAAUAUGUAAAUUUUUUUCUUACUGUUUUAUAAGCCUUUUUUAAUAUAUAUAAAAUGUUAAUUUGCUUAUAUCCUUAUAAUAAAUAUUUAGUUUAUACAGAUUACUAAAUAACAUACAACAUGAUCUAUCACUACAACUUAAUCUUUUUCGAAAUUUUCUUAUGUUAUUUAAUUAUUUUUGUAAUAAUAAAUUCAUAGUAUUCAUUUCUACUUAAUAUUUUAAUAUCCUAAAGCUACAUUUACAAAUAAAAACACUUUGUAGCGAAUCAAAUUCGCCAUAGUUAUAACCUUAAUUGAAAAUCGAUCAUGUAAAAAUUAUUUAAUGAAAAACAGCCAACAAAUCAUAAUUCUGUACAAAUGAAGACGUUUUAUAAUAUGCUUCAUUUUAUUGUUCUCUUCGUAUAUGCAAAAUCCUGCUGAACAAACGUAUCUCGGUUAUUUUAUCAAAAGAUUAUUUUAUCUUAUUGAGAUAUUAAUUUUUAAAAAUGGAAGGAAAUACAUUCUAUAUAGAGACUACAUUUAUAAAAUAUGAAAAUCCACAAUUUUUGUGGCCUAUUCAACAAUUCCAUUCUAACACAAUUUUAAUGUCACCCGUGUUUCUAUUACCGUCUUGUACAUAUACAGUUACGGUGGAGCAUACUAGUCGUAGUCUAACUCUAGAAUUUGAUUUCGACGAGAAACAAUAUGGUGGAUAUUUAAGUGUUGUAUAUUCUAUGUUAGAUUGUUGUCAAAAGACACAAAUUAUUAAUGGGACCAAUAAAUCAAUCAUAUAUCAAAACGUGUCUUCAUUUUACAGCAAAUUUGAUCUGUCACUUAAAGUCACUCAUAUACUUCCUGUAACUAAACAAUUGCCCAAUUUCAAGAUAAAACAUAUACGAGAAAUAAUGAAACAUAUAAGUUCAUUACAUUUUAAUUCAGAAUUAAGCGAUUUAACAAUUUGUGUUGAAGAUUCAGUAUAUCCAGUGCACAAAUGUAUACUUGGAGCACAUAGUCCUGUAUUUGAAAAUAUAUUCACAUCUGGAAUGAAGGAACAAAAAGAAGGCAGAGUUUAUAUAACAGAUUUAACAAAAGGAACGUGUACCUCUAUGAUGUCUUAUAUAUAUACUAAUAGACUUGAAGAUUUAGAUAAUAUUGCAAGCGAACUUAUUAUUAUAGCUGACAUGUAUAAUAUACUAGAUUUAGUAAAGUUAUGUAAAGAUGCUUUGAUCAAGCAAAUGAAUGAAGAGAAUGUAUUCGACACUCUUGUUAUUGCAGAUAAAUUACAUAUGCAUGAUCUAGAAUUACUUUGUCUUCAAUAUAUAUCACAAUACAAGACCAUUAUUCAUUCAAGUAAGGAAUAUGAAGAUAUAAAGAAAUAUCCAAAUAUAGUAGCAAAAAUUUUAGAUUACUUCAUGGGCUAAAAAUACUUUAUUGUUUUACAAAAAUCUUAGUGUAUAAAAUAGAUAUGAACAAAGUUAAAUAAAUUUUUUUUUAUUAUUUCA